AUGCAGUUGGUUGAGGAAGAUGAUGAAGAGCUCUUCGCUCUCAUUGAGACUUUUCUCUUCAAUCCGGACUUCCACGAGCAGUACCUUGGGUUCCGCCAGAUACUCCAAAUGCAUGAAUUCCCCGUUCUCGGAUUCGAGGCCUACAAGCGGGACAAGCUUCCGAAGGUCAUCAUUACCCCGCUCUGCGAGCCAAUUAGUUGCGGCCUCCAGUGGGUAACGCGGCACAUGAUAGAAAACGAUCCCACCUUAAUAGAAACCGAGAUUGAAGGCUACGGCACACCGCUGACCCUCGCGACGUUCAAGAACCUGAAGGAGAUGGCCGCGCUGCUCAUCGAGCUUGGUGCGGACGUUAACAAGACCACGCGCAAUCAUUAUGUCGGUGGUGGGCAGGUCGUCUCCCCGCUCUUCUUUGCGGUCCAGCUAGGGCGGGCAGAGAUUUUCGCAAUGUUGCUCGAGCAUGGGGCUAAACUGGAAUUACCCGGGGGACCUAUGGGCUAUUCUCUCAUAUUCAUUGCAGCGUUCAACGGGCAGACGCCCAUGCUGGAGGAGCUUAUCCGCCGUGGGUCGAUGCCAAUGUGA